GUUGUUGUGGAGGCUAAGAUGGCGGCUCAGGCGGCGGCGGCGGCUCAGGCGGCGGCGGCCCAGGCAGCGCAGGCCGAGGCGGCUGAGUCGUGGUACCUGGCGCUCCUGGGCUUUGCCGAACACUUCCGCACUUCCAGCCCGCCCAAAAUCCGCCUGUGUGUGCACUGCUUGCAGGCCGUGUUCCCCUUCAAGCCGCCGCAGCGCAUUGAGGCCCGAACACACCUGCAGCUCGGCUCCGUGCUCUACCACCACACCAAGAACAGCGAGCAGGCGCGCAGCCACCUGGAGAAGGCGUGGUUGAUAUCACAGCAAAUCCCGCAGUUUGAAGAUGUUAAAUUUGAAGCAGCAAGUCUUUUGUCUGAAUUAUACUGUCAAGAGAAUUCCGUUGAUGCAGCAAAGCCACUGCUGCGGAAAGCAAUCCAGAUCUCACAGCAGACCCCAUACUGGCACUGCCGCCUGCUCUUCCAGCUUGCUCAACUGCACACACUUGAGAAGGACCUGGUGUCAGCCUGUGACCUCCUGGGUGUGGGGGCCGAGUACGCCCGGGUGGUGGGAUCUGAGUACACACGGGCACUGUUCCUGCUCAGCAAAGGGAUGCUAUUGCUGAUGGAGCGCAAGUUGCAGGAAGUCCACCCACUGCUGACCCUCUGUGGACAGAUAGUUGAGAACUGGCAAGGGAACCCCAUCCAGAAAGAGUCUCUGCGUGUCUUCUUCCUGGUGCUCCAGGUGACCCACUACUUGGAUGCUGGGCAGGUAAAGAGCGUGAAGCCAUGCCUGAAGCAGCUGCAGCAGUGCAUCCAGACCAUCUCCACACUGCACGAUGAUGAGAUCCUGCCCAGCAACCCCGCUGACCUCUUCCACUGGCUGCCCAAGGAGCACAUGUGCGUGCUUGUCUACCUGGUGACUGUGAUGCACUCCAUGCAAGCCGGCUACCUGGAGAAGGCACAGAAGUACACAGACAAGGCCCUCAUGCAGCUGGAGAAGCUCAAGAUGCUCGACUGCAGCCCCAUUCUGUCCUCCUUCCAAGUAAUCCUGCUCGAGCACAUCAUCAUGUGCAGGCUCGUCACAGGACACAAGGCCACAGCUCUGCAGGAGAUCUCCCAGGUCUGUCAGCUGUGCCAGCAAUCCCCCCGGCUCUUCUCCAACCACGCAGCACAGCUACAUACACUGCUGGGCCUGUAUUGUGUCUCUGUCAACUGCAUGGACAACGCUGAAGCCCAGUUCACCACAGCUUUGCGGCUCACCAAUCACCAGGAGCUGUGGGCCUUCAUCGUGACCAAUCUGGCGAGUGUGUAUAUACGGGAAGGAAAUAGACACCAAGAGGUACUGUACAGUUUGUUGGAGAGGAUCAAUCCAGACCACAGCUUCCCCGUCAGCUCGCACUGCCUCCGAGCAGCAGCUUUCUACGUGCGUGGACUCUUCUCCUUCUUCCAGGGACGCUAUAACGAGGCCAAGCGAUUUCUGCGGGAAACCCUGAAGAUGUCCAAUGCAGAGGACCUGAACCGCCUUACAGCCUGCUCCCUUGUGCUCCUGGGCCACAUCUUCUAUGUGUUGGGAAACCAUAGGGAGAGUAACAACAUGGUGGUGCCGGCCAUGCAGCUAGCCAGCAAGAUCCCAGACAUGUCAGUGCAGCUGUGGUCAUCGGCCCUGCUAAGAGACCUGAACAAAGCCUGCGGGAAUGCCAUGGAUGCCCAUGAAGCCGCCCAGAUGCACCAGAACUUCUCGCAGCAGCUGCUCCAGGACCACAUCGAGGCAUGCAGCCUCCCUGAGCACAACCUCAUCACGUGGACAGACGGCCCACCUCCUGUGCAGUUCCAAGCUCAGAAUGGACCCAACACCAGCCUGGCCAGCCUCCUGUGAGACUCCUGGACAGGGCCACUCAGCUUCUUCGGGCCUCUGUGGGGCCUGGUGUGGCCCCGACUUCCACCCAGAUGGCACUUGAGCUUUCCUUAGAGACGUGCUGGCGUGGCUGUCCCCAGGCUUCUUUCCUGACUGUCUCCAGAGCUUCCAAGUCCUUGGGGAGUGUGGAGGGCCAAUUCCCGUCCUCCCAGGAAGGGCCGGCUGGCCAUUCUUGCUGAGUACCAGGAGUCCGGGUGCUGAGGCUCGCAGGUGGGAUUUUGGAGGCAACUUUCCAGAGCCAUCCUUCAAAGUGGACUUGAGCUGCCAGGCCUGCUUCCACGUCUGAGUCAUGUCUUCAAGAGAGUGUGUCUGGGCGGGGAGUGGAGUGCCAGCCACUGGCCAGCUCCCGAUCCUGCAUGCAGGGGUGGUCAUUACCACCGAGGUGCCACGUGACUUCCGUUGCCUGGGCCUCUAUGCUGGGCUGGAGUCUUUCCUCUGCUCAUGGCAGCUUCCAGUGCCCAGAGGCAAGACACCAGUUUCUGGCCCAAAAUUAGAGGGAAGAAGUCAUUGCUCAUGUCAGGGAUAAAAAUGCACGUCCUGCCACGAUGCUUUUCCCAGUUUGCCUUUCUGUCCAGCAUCCAUCCUUUUGGCAGCUGGGGCCUCUAGCUAGGGGCCCUGGGGGACCCAGGAACUUGGCUUCCAAACAUCUGCACCUUGACUGGAUUCACUGUCCAGCCGUGGGGGUGCACGUGUGUGCGCGUGUGUGUGUGUGCGUGUGUGUGGCUUCACAGAGCUGGUGCCCAGAGCAGAAACUCCUGUGUUUGCACCAGCCGCCCUGCCCCUGUCAGCGUCCAUAGUGCGGGGCAGGAAGCCGGGGAGAGGGACUUUCCUCAGCCCAACUCAGGGCGCCGGAUCAAAGAGGCUUGCUUUCUGGCAGCUCUGCAGCCUCCUUUGCAGAGAAUGUUUGCAGACACCUGAAGCUCCACCAGCCUGCAGGCAGCCACUCCCUUGGCCCCCUGCCCUGUUUUCAGAGGGAAGGAGGAGGAAACCUACCUGCCUUGGGUCUCAGAACAGCAUUGAAAACUUUUCCUGAGCUGGAUCCCAGGAGGCUCUGCCAGGCCCAGACAGCCAUUCUUGGUUCUGUGUUCCUCUUGGGUAGUUGAGGAGGUGCCCCAGGUGAUGGUGACUUUAGGGGCAGUCAAAGCAGCUGCCGCCUUUAGCUUCCGGCACCUGGGAUCAUCUCCCUGAUGAGGGGUGGUGAGUGGUUUUGCUAGUCACAACUGCUUGUUGGUUCAAGUCUAGUCACCCAGCACCGUGAAGGCUGUUUCUUGAAGCCUCAGUGUCCUUGAAGGAAGGAAUGUUGGGAUCGCUCAGGUCAGCUGCCUGGGCCCUGAGGCCUGCGUGUGCCUUAGCCAUAAGCAGGCCUGUCAGCAGACCUCCCUGCUCUGGGCCACUGCCCAUAUCAGGGCCCUACUGCCCUCUUGGGGGCCCGCAACAGGCAUGCAAGUGAGCUACUGGUUGAAGGGACAGGCUGGUUGAAGGGACGGGCUGGCAGAGUUUUGUCCUAAGAGAACCUGCCCUCUCUGUGUCAUCCUGGGUCACUCGUAAGAGUCUGGCCCUCUCCCAUGUUCCCUGGGGCUACCCCCUUGAUGUCACCACUGGGCCUGUGAGGCCUGCAGAUGUGGGUCUGAUGUCUGGUCAUGAGCUGUCCACAUCCUGUCUUCCUCCCCCCUCAAGGGUGCCCCCCAGGUCCUCCCCUCCACCCAAGGGACAGAGCACCUGUCUUGCUACAAGCUGCGCCUGCAGGCCUGGACCCCACACUGUCGAACCUCUCCAGACCCACAUUUCUUCAAUCACACUUUACAUCAUGCUUGUCUCUGUGUAUUUAUUUAAACCUUUCUUUCCUUCUAGGACAUUUUGUAUGUAGAGCAGUUGAAAUAAGAACCUUAACACUUAACGUCUGUCCUGAUGUUAAAGUGCUUUUAGUGACCACUUUGUUAUCUAUGUAUAUGUAAAGUUAAGGUUAAGUUCUUAAGUUUACAGUUAAGAAUUCAGUACUCAAUAUUUAAUAUUCCACUCUAGCUUUAUGGAAGCCAACCCGCGUGUACUGCACGUGUGCGUGUGUGUGAGCUUUGAAUGUCCCCUUCACUGCAGCACCUUUCAAUUACAUAAAGCUGUUGUAAAUACCUUCCUGUGAGUCCAAAUUCAGUGCCUCACAGUUUCUCAAUCAUAAGAAUUUAAGAGCAAGCAAGCCCCCAGGGAGACAUUAUAGCUAGUGUCAUAUAGCUAAGUGUUCAGGAAAAAACAGAUAAAUAAAAACUCCAAACCCUUAAGCAUACAGAGGUGUGAGGGAGUAGCGGAAAGAUUCCUGUUGGCAGGUAAAUUAAAGCUGGUCAGACCCCUUGUGUGCGCCUCCCACUUCCUCCUAUGAGAAGUGGUGGCCCUCAGGGCCUACGGUUCUGGGGAUGUUGGUCCAGGAGGUGCCAGGUUGCCUUGGAGACACAGCUGCCUUCCCCUGUUGGAUCCCCCCAGUCGCCCAUGGGUGAGGCCAGCGUCCUCCCCCUUGGGUAAGCACUCCCAGUCCCAUUUAUUGGGAGCACAGACAGGGAAAUCGGAAAGGGCUGCCUGGUGGCACAGCUGGUAAAUUUGUUGGUUGCAUUGUCUUUGUUUCCUUAAAGGGUUUUCAAUAAGUAUGUUUGGCAUACGGUCUUUUAAUGGGUUUGCAGUGUCUUAUGUUUUUAGCAGCCUGUAUCUUCAGCUGGUGCUUUUAAUCAGGAAAAAAAAAAUCUGCAAAUACAAGAAUUUUUUAAAAGACAUAACCGUAGAACAUAGCUUCUCGUUUGUAGAUUUGUUUUCCUGUAUAUUCAAAGUAAAACAACUUGCGGGAGCCAUCACUCACUGUGUCUUUGUUGUGCCGUCUGCCCCUCACAUGUGCCAUCCCAAAGACUAACCUUCCCCGCCCAGCCAGCGGGGCCACAGAGACUUCUGCUAUAACCUACAGAGUGUGAGGAUGCAGAACCCGAUGCCCCGGACUGGAGGACCUGGUGGCAACCUGAAUCUUUUCCCCGCUAAUGAUGAUGUUCCCCAGUCCAGCCCUGCCUAGAGGGGAGGAAACCCCAGAGACAUGGCAUGCAAGGCCCACAGCACUGUCUGUCCUGGCCCUCGCCACAGACAGACUUUCUUGCGUGCCUGGUGUUCUAUUCCCUGUGUUCUUAGAAAACUCGUGGGUCAGCCUUCAUGUGCCUAGGUUUUUUUUUUUCCUCAGGUUUUUUUUUUUCCUUUUUGAGGUGAAAGUCACAUAACAUAAAAUUAACAUUUGAACAUCUACAAUUCAGUGGCGCUAAAUACAUUUACUAUGUACAACCAGCACCUCUGUCUAGUUCCAGAACAUUUUCAUCACCCCAAAAGGAGACCCCAUCUCCAUUAGCAGUCACUCCCCAUUCCCAUUCCUCCAGCCCCAGAAAACCACUAAUCUACUUUCUGUCACUAUUGGAUUUACCUCUUCUGGGUAUUUCAUAUAAAUGGAAUCAUGCAUCAUGUGUCCUUUUGUGUCUGGCUUCUUUCACUCAGCCUGAUGUCUUCAAGGUUUUUGCACGUUGUAGCGUGUAUCAGUGCUUCAUUUUUAUGGCUAAAUAAUGUUCUGUUGGAUAAUGGACCACAUUUUGUCUAGUCAUCCAUUGAUGGGCUUUGGGUUGCUUUUCCCUUGUGACUAUUGUGAGUAGUGCUGUUAUGGAUGUGCAUUUUGUUUGAACACGUGUUUUCAAUUCUC